AUGCCCCGGUCCUUAUCCUCCUCCUCCUCCGCAGCCGCAACAGCAGCAGCAACAGCAACACCGAUCCCACAUCGUCUCCGUUUCGGCGCCAGUUUCUUCUGCUUCGGCCUGCUCAACAACGUCCUCUACGUCGUCAUCCUCAGUGCGGCCUUGGACCUGGUCGACAAAGCCACGACGCCCAAGGUACGUCCGUACGGUCAGGUAGCGCCGGCACGCCCGCCCGGUCUUGAGAUGGGAUUCGUUCGUGGCUGACCCGCGGUUCGUGGUGCAUGUGUGCUUGUGCUCAGGGACUGAUCCUGUUUGUUAAUAGUCGGUCCAAUUCCCGAGGGGGGCGCGGGGGGGGGGCGCGGGGGGGGGGAUGUGUAGCUGCACCUGCACCACCUGACACCCAACUGUUCCCGGUUGCGCGCUCGCCACGUUUCCAGUCGCGCCCGCUUUGGCCGUCAAAGUCGGGUGGCCGUAUCUCGUACCGGCAAGUGCGGCCGAUCGAAUUCGGAGACCAAGUCCUGCUAACAUCAGAUUCAAAGCAUCGCUCGAAUAGGGACAAGCACGGUAUGAUCGUCGGAUCCUGAGCUGCUCGUGAGUCGACCCCAAUUUCCGACCAAAGCCACCGAGCUGAAACGAUUUCUUCUCCCCCCGAUCGCUGCAGUGCCAUCUCCUUCGUUGGCAUCAUCGUACGUCUCGCCACGUCACCUCCGUCACCUCCAAAACACGUAUCGUACUCAAAUCCAUCCCUCUCCCCCUCAUCACAGAUUGUCGCCUCCUCCUCCACCCUCUUCCUCCGACUCUUCGGCAUCGCCAUCGCCUCCUUCUCCUCCGGCCUAGGCGAAAUGACCUACCUCCAACUCACCACCCUCUACGGAUCCCUGCGCCUCCCUGCCUCUAUCGAUCUCGGGGGGUUCGCAGUGGGUUGGUUCAGUUCCGGGACUGGGGCGGCGGGAUUGGUUGGGGCUGGCUUGUGGUGGGUGUUGAGAGGUUUGGGCGUUAAAGGGGGGUUGUUGAUUUGUUCGGUCAGUGAGCGCGCACGACGAUGCCUACGAGACGAAACGAGACUGAAUUUCUGCUUCACGCGCGUUCACUUAGUUCCUCCCGCUCUGUAUGGCCCUCACUUUUUACUUCCUGUUGCCCCGCGUCGAAACUUUCGGUUCGGCACCUUUCGACGUCUACACGUUCGUUGUCGACGAGGACGAUUUGGAUCAAGAGGAUGACGUCGAGGGCGAGCGGGAAGAGGAGGAUUCUCAAGUCGGAGAAGCGUUGAUCCAACCUCAAGCUCAAAGGCCGGCAGAAGAGGGGGAGGAAAUCACCUUGACGACGCGGGAGAAACUGGGUAAGUCUCCGGGAGGAAUAGCGCCGUAGAAGAAAAAGGUUCGCCACAAGAGACUGAUCGCGCGAAUUCCUGGCACUCUCAGCUCUGGCAAAACCGCUUUUCAAGCGGUACAUGUUACCCUUAUUCUUCGGUGAGCCCUUCUCCGCUUCGUCUCCGACCUCCAGAUAAGUCUAGCUGAUAUGGGUCUUUUCCGCCUAGUCUACCUCGCCGAAUACACCAUCAACUCUGGUAUUUUCCCCACCCUAAUCUACGAAGUACCGUCCCCUUCGACCCCGAUCCUCUCCUCCCUCAUCCACUCCCUGCGCGAUUAUUACCCCCUCUGGCAACUCGUCUACCAAUUCUGGGUCUUCGUUUCCCGCUCCUCCCUCUCGAUCCUCCACCUCCCUCCCCUACCGAUCGCGCUUCUACCUUUACCCACGAUCUUUCAACUAUUUCUAUUGACACUCACGUUUCUGGAAUCGUCGAGGGGGAUCUUUUUGAAUUCGUCGUUGGGGGAGAACGGUACGAUCGUCAUCGUUUUUUGUUUGGUCUCAUGUGAAGGGUUGGCGGGAGGGUCGGCGUACGUGAAUUGUUUUUAUAGGCUAGGUAGGGAAGAAGAGACGGACGAUAGGGAGGGUAAAGGAGAUGGAUCAGGAGGCGAAGAGGUCAGGGCCGUGAAUAGGUUCAAAUCGAGCGAAAGGAAGAAGUUGGAAAGGGAGUUUAGGAUCGCCAGUGUCGGCUUCGCGGAUACGUUAGGUCAGUUCCAAGCAGUUGUCAAAUGUGACGACAGGGCUUUGAUUCGAUCAAAGGACUGAUACUUCGUCUUGGAUAGGUAUCCUGAUGGCAAGUCUCGUCGCGACGGGCUUGGAACCUUGGUUGGUUCGACAACAGGUCGCUAGGGGUAGGACGCUGUGUUUAAACUUGUGA